AGCGGCAGCCAAGGCCGUGGCGGCGGUGCUGGGAGCAGAGGAUGCCCCGGGCCUUGGAGCGCGAGGAGGGCUCCUGGGCCUGGGCAGUACUGCUGGCCUCCCUGCUGAACCAGGGCCUCACGCUUGGCUUUCCCACUUGCGCCGGCAUCUUCUUCACUGAGCUGCAGCACGACUUCCAGGCUAGCAACAGCGAGACCUCCUGGUUCCCCUCCAUCCUGACAGCUGUGCUCCACGCAGGGGGGCCCCUGUGCAGCAUCCUGGUGGGGCGCUUCGGCUGCCGAUCAACAGUCAUGCUCGGGGGGGUGUUGGCCGGCCUGGGCAUGGUGACCAGCUCCUUCUCCAGGACCCUCAGCCAGCUCUACAUCACAGCAGGACUCAUCACAGGCCUGGGGAUGUGCUUCAGCUUCCAGUCGAGCAUCACUGUGCUGGGCUUCUACUUCACCCGCCGGCGGGUGCUGGCCAACGCGCUGGCCUCAGUGGGUGUCUCCCUGGGCAUCAUGCUCUGGCCACUGCUCUCCCGCUACCUCCUGGAGGAUCUGGGCUGGAGGGGCAGCUUCCUCAUCUUCGGUGGGGUCCUUCUCCACUGCUGCGUCUGCGGGGCUAUCAUGAGGCCAGUGGCCACCACUGUGGCCCCGGAGACUAGAGAAGGCCCCCCUCCACCGCUCAAGACAUCUGCGCCUGGCAGCCUGGCAGCAUGUAGCCGGAUCAUCCAGCGCCACCUGGCCUUUGACAUCCUGCGGCACAACCCCGGCUACCGUGUGUAUACACUGGGUGUCAUGUGGAUGAUCCUGGGCUUCCCGCUGCCCCAUGUCUUCCUGGUGCCAUACGCCGUGCGGCAUGGGGUGGACGAGCACCGGGCCGCCCUGCUAAUCUCCAUCAUUGGCUUCAGCAACGUCUUCCUGCGGCCCGUGGCUGGGCUGGUGGCAGGCCAGCGCAAAUUUGCCAGCCACCGCAAGUACCUGUUCAUCCUGGCGGUCCUGCUCAAUGGGCUUACCAACCUGGUGUGUGCGGCCUCAGCCGAUUUCCGUGUGCUGGUGGCCUACUGCCUGGCGUACAGCGUGUCCAUGAGUGGCAUUGGUGCCCUCCUCUUCCAGGUUCUCAUGGACAUCGUCCCCAUGGACCGCUUCUCCAGUGCCCUGGGCCUCUUCACCAUCCUGGAGAGCGUCUCCAUCCUCAUCGCUCCGCCAAUGGCUGGAUUCCUUGUGGAUGCCACUGGCAGCUUCAGCUAUGUUUUCUACAUGUCAGGCUUCUUCCUCAUCUCAGCUGCCCUCUUCAUGGGUGGCAGCUUCUGUGCCCUGCAGAAGAAGGAGAAGCAAGGCAGGCCAGCCGAGGCAGAAGGAGCCAUCACGGAGGCUGCUGCAGAGUGGUGCCUUACCCUGGAGGGCACAGAUGGUUCUGACAAGCGGCUGUGCCCCAAGAUCAUGUAUGUGACCAGCGUCUGAGCCCCAGGGUCAUAUAUGUGACCAGCACCUG